AUGUCGGACCCAAUUUCAUCCAAACCAAAGAAGCAGCGCAAAAAUAUAGAUUCUUUGGCAUCCUCAUCUUCUGCACAAGGCUCUAGCAAGAGGGUUCAAAUGUACAAUGCGGUCACUAUCGGUCUCACUGUAGGGGCGAGUAUCGCCGAAGCAUCAGAUAUACUGGCUCCUCUCAAGGCAGCUUGUCUGACAACAAAAACGAUCCUCGAAGCGAUAUACAGCAAUCAAGAGGGAUGGACAGACCUCAUGCGACGUCUAAAGGAGUACAUGUCUGCACUCGAAGAACAAAUCAUAUUGUUUGAGACAUACCCCCAAGAUGCCAGGGCCGUCGACGAGGCAUUCCGCCAGCCACUCAUCCACUAUGUCGAAUUCCUCGAGACUGUGCAUGAUAUGGUCAUCGAUCUAAAGGAAAAGCGCAGCCGCAAGAAUUUUGGCCUCUUCAAAGCGUUUACCAAGGUGAAAAUAAAUGCGGGAGAAAUUUUGAAAAUGAAUCGUGAUAUCGAGGAUCGGCAUCGGCAGCUCAUGCAGGCGUUGGGUAUUUUCACUGCACUACGCGUUCAAGUUGUAGAUAAAACUACCAAAGCCGCAGAAGUCAAAUUAGACGUCACGAACGCACACGUGGAGGCGACCAGAGCCACCGUCGAUACCACCAAGGCUACCGUCGACGUCACCAACGCAAACGUUGAAGUGAUCCUGACAGACGAGUUUGGACGCACAUGCAAUCCUUCAGCUCCCAACGGUCGCAUUCGUCGCAUCUUCAGUCCACAGUACAUGUUUAGAAGGAACUUGCCAGGCAGUUCUCAAGACAAUCUGGCAAUAGGCCGCAGACGAUAUUUUUGGCUCUGUGACAUAGCCGGCUCCGGCAAGUCGACCGUCGCAAUGACGGCAGUCGAAUCAUGGCGGAGUCAAGGAGUACUCGGCGGUCGAUUCUUCUUCUCCAUAGCGAGCAACGAAGCAUCUACCACUGACAAGUUCUGCUCGACGAUAGCACGAGACCUCGUGCAUCACAUACGCGAGUUCGCGCCGCAUGUCGCUGGGGCCGUGAAGCAGAACCCGUCUUUCAUGCGAUGUUCUCUUGACGAGCAAUUCGAGAUGCUUUCUGCAACACAGCGAAAGGAACUCGUCGAAGCCCUCUCUACAGUCGUUCAAAAGAGCAAAAACCUCAGGAUAUUCAUUACAAGCCGGCCAGAUCCCGUCAUACAAGAAGUCCUAGCGCCGCUCUCAAUCAAGGCCAAGUUGGAGGAUCGCCUCCACGAUGUCAACCAUCGCGACAAUAUCGACGACAUUGCGAGCUACUUACACCAUUCACUAGAUGGAGUCCUUUCGGAAGACAAGAGAGCGAAGAUGGUCAAAAAGGCCAAUGGAUUAUUCAUCUGGGCAAGCACUGCCUGCCGAAUGCUCAAUAGCGUGACCAGCUUGAGCCCGCCUGAGGAUAUAUAUGACAGCUUGAUGUCCAUGGAAGAAGGCGGAGUCAUAGACGAUGUAUAUGCUCUCGUCUUCGAGCGUACGGAUCCCAAGUACUCCACGGUGAUGUGUGCAAUGCUCGCGCUCCUGCUCGCUGCAUUCGAACCUCUCACCAUCGAUGAUCUGGAUGAUCUGCUGAAAAACUCCAAAGUACGAGGAAGUGCCAAGGCGUUGAUCCAGAAUCUGGGAAGCGUACUUACCACAGAUUCGACUACAAACCUCAUCCAAUUCCGCCAUCCCACUCUCGUCGAGUACCUUCGGCACUGUGUCGGCAGCCCAGCUGCCGAUAGCCGCUAUCGACUGCGUCUCAGUAUAGCCAAUGCACAUAGCCAAGUGGCAUCUUGGUGUCUGAAAUACCUCAAAUCGCCAACGGAAGGUCUCAGGUUCAACAUAUGUCAAAUCGAGUCAUCUUUCCAUCUGAACAGGCAGAUCUCCGAUCUUGACACUCGAGUAUCUAAGUACAUUUCACGAAGACUUCGAUAUGCGAGCUCUCAUUGGUUGUUUCACAUGGCGGACGCUGACAACAACUCGUGGUCCCCGCUCGAGAACGAACUCCAACACAUCAUCCAAGUUCCAUACGUGUUUUACUGGUUGGAGAUCCUAAGUGUCAGCGGCGGAAUUCCACGAGCGAUAGCCGGGCUUCGGGCCAUUACACGCCACACACAACUUGCGGCUAAGGCUAAAGGCCAUCUAGAAGAGAUCCGACGGUUUAUCAUGACAUUUUCUGUAGCUAUACAGGACAGCGCGCCAUAUAUUUAUGUUUCUGCUCUUCCAUUCGCUCCAAAAAAGUCAUUAUUGCAUAUUCAAGGCAUCAAGAGAUAUACUGGCACACUGAGCGUGACUAAAGGGCUUGAGGAAGCAUAUCCUGGACUCCCCAGUUUUCUUCGUGGGCAUGAAGGCGUCGUUUAUACCGUCAGACUCUCACUAGAUGGCUCAAGAAUCGUCUCUGGCUCGGACGGCAACACACUUCGACUCUGGGAUGUGGACACUGGACAGCCAGUUGGAGAGCCACUUCGAGGUCAUCGGGGAAUCGUUUUGGCCGUCGGAUUCUUGCCAGAUGGCUCACGAAUCGUCUCUGGCUCCUCCGACAAGACGCUUCGACUCUGGGAUGUGGACACUGGACAGCCAGUUGGAGAGCCACUUCGAGGUCAUCAAGCUGCCGUUUUGGCCGUCGGAUUCUCGCCAGAUGGCUCACGGUUCAUCUCUGGCUCGGAGGACAAGCCGCUUCGACUCUGGGAUGUGGACACUGGACAGCCAGUUGGAGAGCCACUUCGAGGUCACCAAGGCCCCAUUAUGGCCGUUGUAUUCUCCCCUGGUUGCUCAGAAGCUGUCUCUGGCUUGUACGAUCGACCAAUUCGAUUGUGGGAUGCAGAGGCAGGUCAGUAUUCUCUCAAACUUCUUGUCUUUCGACCGGUGUGA